AUGAAGCAGCAGUUGCUGCAGCAGCAGCUGCUGCAGCAGCAGCAGUUUCUGCAGAUGCAACAGAUGCAGCAGAUGCAGCAGAUGCAGCAGCAGCAGGGGCUGCAGCAAGUGCAGCAGCUGCAGCAGAUGCAGAUUCCUUUAGCUGCCUAUGAAGCAGCACUGGCUUCAGGAAGAAACCUGCAGCAGCAGCAGCAGUUGCAGCAGCAGGUGCAGCUGCAGCAGCAGCAGCAAAUAGCUGCUGCUAGGCGUCCACUGCCCCUUGGGUCUUCUGCUGUAUCUUUUCCUGUUAUUCAAUCGUUCAACCGCCGCAUCAACACUGAAUGCAAAAACAUAGCAGCAAAUGCGCAGCACACUGUCUCUAAACAGCAGCAGCCGCAGCAGAAGCAGAAGCAGCAGCAGCAGCAGAAGCAGCAGCAGCAGCAGAAGCAGCACGUGCAGCCGGAGGUGGCAGUAAAUGCAUUUUUAACAGAAGACAGAGAGAAAAAGAGACGAGACUCUGCGGAAGGAGAGGGUCUGCUGCUGCUGCAGCAGAAGAAGCAGCAGCAGCAGCAGCAGCAGAAGCAGCAGCAGCAGCAGCCAGAUGCAGAUAAAACCUUCAACUAUAAAUCACAAGACAAAAUAAAAAAGCAAACGGCAAAAGCAGCAGCAGCAGCAGCUGCUGCUGCAGCAGCAGCAAAGAUACACCUCAUAGAGGAGGCCUGGGUGCGGCAAUGCGAGGAGCAGCAGCAGCAACACCUACAACAGCAACACGAACAGCAACAGCAGCAAGAACAGCAACAGCAGCAAGAACAGCAACAGCAGCAGAAUGAUCAGCAGCAGCAACAGCAGCAGCAUGAUCAGCAGCAGCAUGAUCAGAAGCAACAGCAGCAUCAACAGCAGCAGCAGCAGCAGCAGCAGAUGUUGGAGGGUCGUCUGCACCGCAUUUGGGUAGCAGAGACAAAAAAAGAAAUAAAAAAAGAAGCUGAAGAAAAGGAGACAGAUGCAAUUCAAAUGUUCUUGCAAGUUAUAGAUCUAUCCACCCCUGGAGUAAACAUUCAGCUAGCUUCAGCAGAUACCGCGGCGCUGCUGCCCUUCGCUGCAGCUGGCUAUACACCUCACGCCCCCAGGAGCAGCAGCAGCAGCAGCAGCCUCCCUCUAGCAGCAGCAGCAUCAGCAGCAGAGGCAACAGCAGCAAAAGCAGCAGCAACAGAAGAAGCAGCAGCAGAAGCAGCAGCAGCAGCAGAAGCAGCAGCAGCAGCAGUAGCAGCAGCAGAAUCUUUGUGUGCUGACAGCAGCCCUUGCGAUUUAGUUGCAUUUAAAGCUGCUGCUGCUGCUGUUCGCUCUCUGGGCCCCUUUAGGCUGCAUGCAGACAAACAAACGAAGCAAACAAACAUCAAACAGAGAGGAAGCAAAUUCACAAACAAAAACAAAAGCAGCCGCAGCAGCAGCAGCAGCAGCAGCAGCGGAAGCGAUAGGGAAGACAGCGUCAGGCCUACUCAUGCAUGCACCCGCAGCAGCAGCAGCAGCAGCAGCAGCAGCAGCAGCAGCAGCGAGCAGCAGGGCGGUGUUGAUGAUAUUGGUGCUGCAGAAACAGAUAAAGCUGUUCAUGUGCCUCCUGUGUCUGCUGCUGCUGCUGCUGCUGCUGCUGCUGCUGCAGCUCAGAGCGCCCCCACCCCAAGAGGCAGCAGCAAGGAGACAGCAGCAGAGGAGGCGCUGCUGUCUGUCUCCUCUGCAGCAGAAGCAGAGCAACAAAUUGAAACAGAAAUUCACGCUGCAGCAGCAGCAACAGCAGCAGCAACAGCAGCAGCAGAAGCAGAAAACGACAACCAGCAGAAGAUAUUAAACAAACAACAAAAAGAACAUGAGCAGCAGCAGCAGCAGCAAGCGCAACAAACGAAGCUGCAGCAGCGACAGCAGGAAGAGCAGCAACAAGCGCAGCAGAAGCAGCAAGAAGAGCAGCAACAAGCGCAGCAGAAGCAGCAGGAAGAGCAGCAACAAGCGCAGCAGAAGCAGCAGGAACAGCAGCAGCUGGGUCUCUCUGUAGCUGAGGAGACACCCAAAUCGACAGCACGAAUCAGCCCCACACGGCUGCAGCAGCAGCAGCAGCAGCAGUGGUUUUUGCUGCUGCAAGAGAGAGAAGAAGCUUUAAGAGCAAAACGAUUAGAAGAAAGACGCAAAGAGCGCAUCUCCCUAUACACCCCAACCUCAACACAACCCCCUACACCAACAGCAGCAACAGCAGCAGCAGCAACAGCAGCAGCAGCAGCAGCUGCUGCUGCUGCUGCUGAUGCUGAUGCUGCUCAAGCUGCGGGGGCCCCAGAGCACCAGCAACAGCAACAGCAGCACCAAGCAGCAGCAGCCGCAGCACCAGAAGCAGCAGCAGAAGCAGCAGCAGCAGCUUAUUCGGGAGAUGAAGCUGAAGCGGCAUAUAAAGAGAGGCAUCAGGCAGCUACACCGCAACUACUCAGCAGCAACAUCAAAUACUCAGCACAACAGGGGCCCCCUAACUCUUCCUUUCAUCAACAACUCCUUAAGAAGGGGCCCCCUAAGGGCCCUCAUCAACCCCGGCCCCCAAACCAACCCCUCCACCAGGGGCCCCCCAUGGGGCCCCCCAAAGGGCCCCCAAAGGGGCCCCCUAAAGGGCCCCCUAAAGCGCUCCCCAAGGGGCCCCCUAUGGGGGCCCCCAAGGGGCCCCCUAAAGGGCUCCCCAAGGGGCCCCCUAAAGGGGCCCCCAAGGGGCCCCCUAAAGGGCCCCCUACGGGGCUCCCAAAGGGGCCCCCAAAAGGGCCCCCUAAGGAACCCCCUCAGGAGGGGCCUCCUCAGGGACAGCUUCAGCAGGUGCCCCGUAAAAGGCCCCCAAAGGGGCCCCUUGAACAGGGGCCUCCUAAGGGGCCCCUUGAACAGGGGCCCCCCAAGGGGACCCUUGAAGAGGGGGCCCCCAAGGGGCCCCUACUGCAGCAGGAAUCGCCCAAGGGUCUCAUCGAGGGGGGGCCCCCGAAGGUACUUAUUGAAGGGGGGCCCCCGAAGGGCCCCGUUGAGGAGGGGCCCCCUGGGGGUCCCCUGGAGGAGUAUGCUGAUAAGGAUAUAAAUUUAGAAGGUGUUUGUUUAGAGGGCUUAGCUGAUGAAGUGUGGGGCGAUGAACAGAAAAAUUUAGCUGCGAAGAAGAUUCAAAGGGCUUGGAGACAACGCAAGAAAAAAAAUAUAUUUAUGAAGGUUGUUGAAGUGCAGAGGCGACAAAAAGAAAUACAACAAACACUCAGAAAGAGGCAUGCAUACUUAUACCUUCAAGACCAGCAGCAGCAGCAGCAGCAGCAGCAGCAGCAGCAGCAGCAGCAGCAGCAACAGCAGCAGCAGCAGCAGCAGCAGCAGCAACAGCAGCAGGAGCUUCCUCCUUUGGGUCUUAGAAAGAUAAAAGUAAGAAGACGUAGCGGCCUCCUUCCUUCUGCUGUCUCUUCAGAUACACCUGAACAGACACCGCAGCAGAAACCUAAGGAGACAGCUGAAGAGACAGCUGGGGAGACAGCUGGAGAGACAGCUGCACUCGCAGCAUUAAGAGCUUUCAAAGCCUCUCCGCAGCAGUUUACGCCUUUAGUAAGACGGCGUCCUGCUGUUGUUGUGUUGUUUAAAGGGGGCCCCAGAAAGCGAAAGGCUGAAGCAAAAAGAAGCAACAGCAGCAGCAGCAGCAGCAGCAGCAGCAGCAGGAGUUUCUUUCUUAAUAGGGAUGGGGCUGAUUUCCUUUCAUCUACGAAUAAACAAACAAAAGCGAAGACAGAGAAGGAGACAGAAGGAGACAGGUCUCCUAGGUUGUACAGCAGCGGCAGCGGCAGCAGCAGCAGCAGCAGCAGCAGCACGUGGGAGGGGCUGCCAGCGAUAGUGCUGAAGAGACCCACGGAUGUCUUCUCCUCAUCUGAUUCACUAGAAGACAGCAGCAGCAGCAGCAGCAGCAGCAGAAGCAGCAGCAGCACAGAGCUCCAAGAGGAGGACUUCCUUUACGGUGGGGCUACAGACUCUCGAGAGACACCUGAGGGGGCGGCAGCAGCAGCUGCUGCUGCUGCUGAUGCUGCUGAUGCUGCUGCUGCUGCUGCUGAUCGUUAUGAUGAUGAUGAGAAGGAGGCGGGGGAGCAGCAGCAGCGGGCGAGAGAAGGCUGGAAGCAAGAGAGACACCCAGCAGCAGAUGCUUUGCCUCUCAGCAGCAACAGCAACAGCAACAGCAGCAGCAUCAGCAGCAGCAUCAGCAGCAAGAGCAGCAGCAGAAAGAAGGAGAGGAGGCGCAGCAGCGCCUUACUGCAUCCGAACUGGCAGCAGCAACACCAGCAACAUCUGCAGCAACAUCUGCAGCAGCACCAGCAGCAGCAGCAGCAGCAGCAAGAGGAGCAGCAAAAGCAAGAGGAGCUGCAGGAGCAGCAGCAGCAGCAGCAAGAGGAGCAGCAGGAGCAGCAGCAGGAGCUGCAGCAGCAGCAAGGGGGCCCCCUCUCUUCCACAUUUGCAGCAGCAUAA